ACAAAACAUAGUGGAAGGCAACAAACACAUCACACAUGUCUCCUGAAUGCUCCUCCUAAUAUAUUCCCUUUCACUAAAAACAUCCAAACACAAGUUACACCAUAAACAAAAAGUGACCCAAACUUUGAGUCAUUGUUUUCAACCCUAGUUCAGGUUUUUGUUCUUCACGUCAUCAUCAUAUUCAUGGCAUCUUCAACUCACACUCAUCAAAUACUACCACAAAACCUUCAUGGUGGAGGCUCCACCUCAGCACCACCACCAACACCAUCAACUACCACCACCAACAACAACCACCUCUCAACUUCCACCGCUGCUGAUGCACUCUCCCGCCUCCUCCACCGUCUCCCACCCAACCUCUCUCUUCCCACCAUCCGCCGAUCCUCUCCAACCACCACCUCUCCUCCUUCUCUCUCCUUUUCAUCACUCACACCAGAAAAACUCAUCUCCUCCAUUUCUCAACUUGGUUUUAUUCAACUCACUGAUCACUCAGUUUCUUCAAAACUUGCCAACUUGGCUGAGUCAGAGUCACUCAAACUCUUCAACCUUUCACAUGAUCAAAAAGAAUCAUUCUUCCCUCAAAACUGGCCUUUCGGUUACGAAGGUGACAACGACAACGACGAAGAAAAACUCGUUGAGUCGUUCCGGUUCCAGUUCGACUCGUUGUGUUCAACCGAGUCGAACCAGAUAAAACUAGAAUCACUCAGCGAGUUUGCAUGUGCACUUGAGAAACUAGGUUUGAAUAUUAUUGAUGUGUUGAUGAAUGGUUUGGGGGUUGAGAACCCGGUUGGUGAUGACUCGAACCGGUUUAGUUCGAUUAUGUGGGUUUCUGAGUGUUUGCCAGGAAAUAAACCCGGUUCAAUGGGUGGGUUUUACCCGUUUAUAGUGGGAUUGCAGUAUCAGAUAAGGUGUCAAAAAUAUUCGUUGUUGUCGGAUUCAGGUGGAUGGGUUUCUGUGUUGCCACACGUGGAUUCUAUCUUAGUUACUGUUGGUGAUGUUGCUCAGGUUUGGAGCAAUGGAAAAUUAAAGAAGGUAAGAGGCAGACCAAUUAUGGCAGCAUUAGGAGAUGAAAAUGAUUCAAGUUGCAUAACAAUGUCGUUGCUAAUAACCCUUCCUUUAGAGAGCAAUGUAGCUCCACUUCUUCCCAUUGGCAACAAGAACAAAGUUGAAGAUGAUAUUGAUAAUGAUGAAGAAGAAAAUAACAUUGGUGGUGAAGGACAAAAAAGGGUAUUCAACUCUAUUGAUUUUGAGGACUAUGCUUGGAGAGUUUAUCAUGAACGUCUCUUAUUCAAGGAUCCAUUGGAUAGGUACCGUAUUACUCAAUAGUUGGAGUUGCAUGCCUCUCACUACCUCUUAGUGUUGUUAUUUUAUUUUAUUCUUUUCUUUAUAGCUAUAUCUGAGUUUUUUGAGAGAUUUAUAAAUGUUAGUCCUAUAAGGUUUUAAUUUUGGAUGAUGAAAGGGGGAAAAAACUAGAAUGAGACGGGGUAAUAUUAUUUUGUUCUCAUUGGGAGGACUAUAUAUGAUGAGUUGUAUAUGGUCCAUUUGUUGAUUUGAUUGAUUUUGAAGGGCUUGAGAACUUUUUUUUGAGUUUGUAUUAAUUAGUACUCUAGGCAAUGGCUUUAAUUAUCUCUUUUCAUGGAAUAUUAUCAAUUAUUCAUCCUACCCGUCUUCAUUCAAA